UCCCUCCUUUUUCUUACUACCCCCAAAUAUCAAACUCACCUUUUCGUUAAUUUUAAUUUUAAUUAAUCAUAAAACCAAUUUCAUUAUUAUGGCUUCCGUUGCUCCUUAUCUUUUCCACCCUUCUCUCUCUCUCUCUCUCUCUCCCCCCUUUUCUCUCUUAAGCUCUGAAAUUUUGCUAUGACCAAACAACCCAAUUGGAACUGUGAUUUGUGAUCUGUGUCGUGAUGAAGAGGGAACAGCAAGAAAGGUGUGGUGGAGGAGGAGGGUACGGCAUGAAAGAAAGCUCGUCAAUGUCGAGCGGCAAGGGGAAGAAGAUGUGGGAGGAAGAGCAACAGGGAGGGAAUGACGAGUUGCUGGCGGCGUUGGGGUACAAGGUGCGUUCUUCGGACAUGGCUGACGUGGCACAGAAGCUUGAGCUGUUGGAUAUGGUGAUGGGCAGUGCUCAGGAAGAGGGAAUUUCGCACCUGGCUUCUGACACCGUUCACUACGACCCAGCGGAUCUAUCUUCAUGGGUGCAAAGCAUGCUCAACGAACUCAACCCUGAUCCAUCAUCAUCCAUCCUCGAUCCAUCUUCUCUCUUGGAAACCCCCCAAAUCGAUAACCCCUUACACCACCCUUCUUCCAUCCUCAACGACGACUCUGAAUACGACCUCAGAGCCAUUCCCGGAAUAGCCGCAUACCCUCCACAAAACAACCACACCAAAACCGAAACCGAAACCGAAACAGGUAACAAGCGGUUCAAGGCGUCGCCAAUUGAGUCACCAGAGUCCGUGCCACCGGCGGGGACUUUAUCAGAGUCAACAAGACCCGUUGUUCUGGUUGACUCCCAGGUAACGGGGGUUCGUCUCGUUCACACUAUCUUGGCCUGCGCUGAAGCCGUUCAGCAAGAGAAUCUCAAGCUCGCCGACACGCUCGUCAAGCACAUAGGUCUUCUCGCGGCUUCGCAAGCAGGAGCCAUGAGAAAAGUGGCUUCGUAUUUCGCGCAAGCCUUGGCGCGCCGAAUCUACGGAAUAUUCCCGGAGGAAACCCUCGAUUCCCCUUUCUCCGAUAUGUUGCACAUGCACUUCUACGAGUCCUGUCCCUAUCUGAAAUUCGCGCACUUCACCGCCAACCAGGCCAUUCUCGAGGCCUUUGCCACCGCCGGGAGGGUCCACGUCAUCGAUUUUGGACUCAAACAGGGGAUGCAGUGGCCGGCGCUCAUGCAGGCCCUCGCAUUGCGUCCCGGUGGCCCUCCUACUUUCCGGUUAACCGGAAUCGGUCCUCCUCAGCCGGAUAACACCGACUCGCUUCAGCAAGUGGGCUGGAAGCUGGCCGAGUUGGCCCAAACCAUUGGCGUUCAGUUCGAGUUUCGCGGAUUCGUUUGCAACAGUUUGGCGGAUCUUGACCCGACCAUGCUCGAGGUCCGACCCGGUGAAGCCGUCGCUGUAAACUCUGUUUUUGAGCUUCACCGCAUGUUGGCCCGACCCGGUUCCAUAGAAAAAGUGUUGAACACUGUGAAGAAAAUUAAGCCCAAGAUUGUGAUCAUUGUGGAGCAAGAAGCGAACCAUAAUGGACCGGUUUUUCAGGACCGGUUCACGGAGGCCCUGCAUUACUACUCGAGUUUGUUUGACUCGCUGGAGGGAUCGUCCUCUUCGACCGGGUUGGGUUCACCGAGUCAGGACCUGUUGAUGUCGGAGCUUUACCUGGGGAGACAAAUAUGCAACAUAGUGGCGUGUGAAGGGGUGGACCGGGUCGAGCGCCACGAGCCUCUGACUCAGUGGAGGGGGAGAAUGGGCUCGGCCGGAUUCGACCCGGUUCAUCUCGGGUCUAAUGCUUUCAAACAAGCUAGCAUGUUGUUGGCUCUUUUCGCCGGCGGUGAUGGCUAUAGGGUGGAGGAGAAUAAUGGGUGUCUCAUGCUUGGGUGGCACACGAGGCCACUCAUCGCAACCUCCGCGUGGAAGCUUCCCGCCGGUGAGUCUUAGUGAGUUGACUCACUGGGUCCCACCGAGUUAGGAAAUUGGAUGGACGCUGUAGAUUAAUUGGGAAUGAGUGAUGAGAUGAGAUGAGAGGGUUUGAUUGAACUUGGACUUGAGUGAGCCAGUAACCGAGUGAGCCAGCGAGGCAGAAGGAUAAAUAAAAAGAGAAACCAAAAA